GGGGUCCGCCUGCUUCUCGAGUUUCCAGCCCUCCUGUUUACUUACUGUUUUGUGCAUUAGGCACAUGCGGCUCCGCAACAAAAGAUUCCGUCGCUCAUUGGUUAGCGCUUGUCGUGGAGUUGGAAGCCGAGCCUGGAAGCUCGUGGCAUGCGACUGCAGCUGGUCAUUUCAUGAACUAUUCUCUCCCUACUGGCACCGAGGGACUUUCUGCUGCCACUUUCCCGACCCAGCCCGGCUUAAACUCCCUCGGUAUAGAUGGGCUCCAUCCUCAGCAGCGAAGCCAACAGAGAAGCCAAGUCACGGUCUCUGAGCGAACAAGACCCCAACUUCGACUGCGCCGUGUGCCUGGAAGUGCUGAACCGACCGAUGAGGACGCGCUGUGGGCAUGUGUUUUGCCAAACUUGCAUUAAAGCUAGCCUCCGGAAUAAUACGUACACCUGCCCUUACUGCCGCACUCACCUGUCAUCAGAAGGAACCCUGGCUGUGGAUAUAAUGAAGAAGAUGAAAACAGUAUUUCAGAAUUGUGAAGAAUGUGAGGAGAAGGUGUGCCUGAGUGAUAUGAGGGCUCAUUUAAACAUGUGCGAGCAAUACAUAACAAAAUAUGGUCGCCUUGAGGAACUUGGAAGAACUACUUGCAGAGAAGAAAUGUUUGCAUGCCCGUUUUGUCAGCUGGAAUUCGACGAAGAUGGCCUUGUGCAACAUUGCUUUACCUACCACAGCACAGAAAACAGACUGGUGGUGUGUCCAAUUUGUCGCCUGAUGCCUGGAGGAGACUCAAGUUAUACAAUGAGCUUUUUGAAGCAUCUUCAUGCGAGACACUCCAUAUACUAUGAGAAUUACAUAGAUAUCAACAUUGUGGAAGAAGCACUUAUUGAAAGAGUUCUUGACCUUUCACUGAUACAUUACAUGAGGCAUACAAACAGAUCCUGAUCUCAGCGGAGUAAACUUGAACAAGACUCAGUGGGUUCAUAUGCUGAAUGAAGGAACCGAUGAUGAACUUUUUGGCCUACUAACAAAGUUUGUUUAUUUAUAAGCAUUAGACAAAUGAGGGUUAGCUCAAGUGACGGGCACUGGAACCUGACAUUAAAUAACAUAGUUAGUGAGGACUUUGAAUAUUUGGUAGGCCAUAGCUUUAUUGUGGUAUGUGUGUUUUCUUGGCUUUAUUUUAUUUAAGUAUCCUUAAUAUUUUUAUCAUUUAGUUAAUUCAAAUAUUCUACUGUCCCCAAAUGUUGUUCCUUCACUGGCCUACUGUACAGGCCUGUAAAUUGCACGAAUCAGCCAUGUUGGAUCAGAGCUUCACGAUCGACCUCUGGAAUGUCUUUGUCUUGUUGGUUCUGAAAACCAAGAAGCCAGUGAAAGGAGUGAAUCAGGUAUUCUGAGCACUAAAAGAUAAAAAAAAAAAAAAAAACAGCAUAUUUUUUAGAGACAAAAAGAAGCAAAGAAAAAGAUAAGUAAAGUAGCACUGUUUAUUGUAAAAGUAUUGAUAAGUAAGCAGGACGAAGGUGUGUUAGCUAAGCAUAUAGCUAUUUAUCAGAAAUCUGGGUUGAUUGUGCUCUCUAUAUUGUCAUUUAACAAUGAGUGCUAUAUGACAGUGAGUAAGCACAUACAAUACAAUGGCACUUGGAGUUUUAUCACUUCUCAGGGAGAAAUGUGCCAACUACUCCGUGGCAAAAUACCUUUCAACUGACAGGGAACUCUUCUGCCUAUGGAACACACCUGUGGCGCCAUCGAGAAAACAUAUUACUCAACUGUCACCUCAUUGCAAAUGAUUUUCUACAACUCAUUCAUGAAUGAUAUAUACAUGGUUGCAAAUAAUGGACAAUUCACUUCCAUUCAUAUUUUUAGCCUGUGCCACUCAUGCAGGCUAGCAUCAGGUUAAAUGCUAGAAUGCCAGGAUGCAAGCAGAUCUAAAUAUAUGUUUAGCGUAUUGCUUGAUGUGGUUGGUUUUUGGUUAUGUGGUAGGAAAUACUCUCAGCUCUAUAGCUCUGUAUUGUGAUGGUCUUCCAGACCCUAAAGAAGAAUUGUACUUCCCUUGAUUUUGAGUUUUUGUUUAGUUUGCCUCAUGCAGUGAGACUGUUGCACAGAGGUAACUGAACAUUUGUCACUUAGUUCAGUACUGGGAAUGAUCCUGCUGUAAGGUGCAGAUUUAUCAAAAAUCAAAUGGGAUUUUUUUCCCACGAUUCAAAUUUGUUUUGCAUCUAAACUCACACAUUCCAGUUAUAUUUUCUGUGAGCAAACAAUAAAAAAAAAUCUAAAAUUUGAAUGUUGAAAUUCGUUUUUAUCCAAAAACUCAAUUAAUUCAAGUUUUCGAGGGCAUACAUUUGAUCGAUUCGAGAUUUUUUGGGACAUGAAAUUUGGAUUUUUCCCUAAACAUGCAGACAUUCAAAAUUUGAGUUUAUCCGUGGUAGAAAACCCCUCACAUAACAAGUUUGAUUCUUGAUAAAUAUUCCCCUAAGUGUAAUUGACUUCAACAUAGCUCUUAACAUGGCUGCAGUAAUCCUGACCCCAUAGCACUUUCAUAGAAACCAUGAUACCAAUAAAACUCUUUUUAUGUGUAAAUAUGGCGAUAAAGAUAUUUACUACAUACACAGGCAAUUAUUCAUAUGUCCAAGGUCCAAUUAGUUUCUGUGUGUACGCUUUCUGUUGAAGCCAAUGCAAAAAAAGUUAGAGAUCUUUGUUUCCUAUGUACCUGUACACACACACACACACACAUGUAGAGCUGUGGAGAGCAGAAUGCAUGCAUUAGUCAUUAGUGUUACCCACUUGCUGCAUCUAAUACA